CAGUCUUCUGGAGCUUGCUCUUGUAGCAGCGCCUUUUCCUGCGUUUCAGGAGCUUGCGUCUAGAUUCUGUCUUGGAAAUCGGUGCUUUCUUCGCUCUUUCGCAAGCUCAGGCUGGCAGCAGGGCAGGAAGACAGAAGUAUUCCCUGCAUUUCAGCCGGUAUCUGCUUUCAGUUUCCCCGACGGGAGCGUCUUUGUAUCUGGCAAACUGGCACCAGCAGCGUGUGAUUUCGUAGGAGGGAGUAGGGUUAGGGGGGAUAGGGGUAGCAUUAGCGGCUACACUAAGAGGAAGAAAUAAGCCUAGGAUUCACCCGGAAAGACUCGGAAGGCAGCCAGGCAGAAUCUGAUUCUCGCAGUGGCCUUUCGCUGCUCCUAUCUUCGCUGCUGAGUAUCGUAACGAGAGAAAAAAAUCAAGCGACGGUGGCGAGUACUGUUUUCAAGCACAAUCGACAAGUUUCACGCUUCUGGCGCUGAAGACGUUUCCUGGUUGUGGAUCUUCUAAAUUUCGGUCAGAAAUUAAGUAUCUCCCCUUUCGGCGUGAUGCAGCCUUCUAUGAUCACCCUCUCGGCUGUGGCUUCGUGGCUGUCAAGGACAGUGCAGCUGACUCUCGAACGUGAUGGAUCUGGUUCGGACAACCAAACAAGGCUCGGAAACAGGCUCGGGGAGCACGAGGCGAGAGCUGCGCUUGUUAUCAGCGAUGUUUCCGCGACGGGGGAUCUACCAACCAGAGAAUUGACGGAAUCGGAGAGGCUGCUUGUAUCGGAGACGCAGGAUUUUCUGAAAUAUCUCUUGGACGGUUGCGAUCGCUUGGACGUGGCAUCUACGGCUGGGGAUGCGACCAAGGCGGGCGAUUCGAUCAAGAGUUCAGUUCCUGAGGAAGAGAACGAAGGUGUUACGGGAGAGGAGAAAGAGGAAGUGGAGGGGACGCGAGAAGGAGGCGGUAAAGGUGAUCCCGAUGUCGGUACAGAGGCGAUCGAAUCAGGAAGGCGCGCGGAGAAGGUGGAGGAGGGUGGGAAGGAACGCGUCGGAUUCGACGCUCAGGUCAUUGAACUGGCUGUAACCGCGGUUGUGACAGUUCUCAAGGCGGCUGCACUGGAGGAGAAGCCGAAGGCCUCUCUGGUUCAGAGGCUGCUUGACGUGGGUGUGCGAGCAGCGCUGGAGGCAGGGGAACGAGGCACGGGUGAGACAGCACGUCGAGUGCUAUUACCAGGAGUGUCAGCAGUAGGAGAAACGGCUUCUGAGCUGAGUGAAGAGCUACGUAGGGAUGCAGGUGGAUUGAUGGAGAUUGAGAAGGGGACGAGGACCCGCCUGCUGCAAUCUUCUGCUGCAGCGGAUGUUUCUGCAGGGAGUUCUGUAGAGAUUGUUGCAGGGAUUCCUGCUGGGGUUUCUGCAGGGAUUCCUGCUGGGGUUUCUGCAGGGAUGGUUGGGGAGCAGUUGCUGGCGCUUGUGGCUGGUGCAGUGGCGGUGUUGGAUGAGAUGGUUAAGAGAGAGGGGGGAGUGGAUGAAUUGAGUGAGGGAGAGGGUACUUUGCAAGGAAGGUUGCCAGAGAGGGAUGGAAGCGAAGCUGAUGCAGAAAGAGGAGGCGGAGAGGGAGAAGGAGAAGGAGAGGGAGAAGGAGAAGGAGAGGGAGAAGGGAAACGAGGAGAGGUCGAAGCUCAGUUGGGGGUUAGUGGUGAAGGUGAUUGUAACGAGAAAAGAGCUGCUGCUGUGGGGGGAGUGGCUGAGGCGAGAGAGGAGGUUCUGCACGUGCUGCUGUCGUUUCUGUCCCUUGUCCUGUCCGCCUGCAGAGGUAGGGAUGGACCGAGAAAAGGAGGGGGUGUUUCAGGAAGGAGUGAGAGUGGGAGAGAUAGAGAGGAGGAAGUGAAGGUGGGGGAUGGAAGGGGAGAUGAGGAAUUGGGCGAGUGGAUGGGCGAGGAGAUUGAAGACGAAGAGGAAACAGAGGAAGAGAACGAGAAGGAGGAGGGGAAGGGGGAGGAGGACGAGGAGGAAUCUGAGGAGGACGAGAGUGAGGGGGAGGAAGAGGAGGGAGAGGAUGGGGAGGCGGAGGGGGAGGAAAAGGAGGCCGACGCUGCAGAUAAAGCGGAGAUUGGAGAGGAUGGUUGGUCUGAUGGCGAACUCGAGGGUCUCUUCCUCAACACCCCUGCAGACUCCAUCAGGACCUCGUGCUCGUGUGCAGCCCUCUCCCCUGCGUCUGGAUUAGCACCAGCAGGAGCAGCAGGAGCAGCAGCGACAGCAGCAGCGGCAGCAGAAGGAGUGACUGCAGCAGGCGAGGCUCUAGCAGCGCCAGAGUGGUUGUCUGCGACGGAUCUAUCAGCGCAAGCAGCAGCGGAGGCAGAGGAGGAGAGGGCCCUAGCCUCCCGCGUGUGCUCGUUCGUGGUGAGCGGGAGCAAUUUCAUGGAGCAGCACUGGUACCUCUGCUACACCUGCGACCUUACUGUCUCCCGCGGCUGCUGCUCUGUCUGCGCUGCCGUCUGCCACAAGGGCCACAAGCUCGUGUACUCCCGCCUCUCCAGGUUCUUUUGUGACUGCGGCGCCACUGGUCCUGCCCCCCCGUCCGCCGCCCCUCCCUCUGCUCACAUGCAUGGUUCGCUGGCGGAACCUGCUAGGCGCUCUACUGCCGCUCCUGCUGGUGGUAGUGCCGCUGCCCCGGAAGGUACUGGCUUGCCGAACCAAGGCGUUUUCAACCAAGCAGCAGGAUCGGCGACUGGAGCAGGUUCGGCGUCGUCCCCUGCUGCGGUCUGGGAGCGGUUCCGGCGCAGGAGGUCCGGAACAGGUUUGGCACGGCAGGGGGAGGUCUCAAGGGAGGCGGGGAGAAGGGAAGGCACUGGGGGGAGUGGGACAGGCGGGGAUGUGGGCGUUUUCAAGGGCUGCUUCGCACUAAAGCCACGUCCUGUGGGGUCAGGGAAGCAAGCAGCAGCAGCAGGAGAGAAAGGGAGAGGGGAGGGCGGAGUGGCUUUGCCAGGAGGCACGUUUGGAUGGCCGGGUGGAUGCAGGAAUGCGUGGGGGGAGAAGGAAGGGGGGGGAGGAAAGGGAGGGGGUUCUGAAGUUGAAGCGGAUUGGUUGCUGGGAGUGGAGGCGUUUCUGAGCCAAUCAGAGGAGCUCUGCUGGGAGGGGCUGUUGGGGAGCGAGAAACGGAAUGGGGGCGAACCAUCGAGGUUGCAGGAGAGCUUGUGGAGCGAGGAGGUCGUGAGGGGGCUCCAGGCGGCACUGUCAGGGAAGGCGUGGGGAAGAGGGGCCGAGGAGGAGGAAGAGAUUGUGCGAGAGCAGGGUGGGACGAGGGUUGGAGAGGAUGGUCGGAAGGAUGGUCGGGAAGAUGGUGAAGGUGAGGGUGCGAAGCAGAUCCACCAGGAAGAGGGGAGGACUCUCGGAGGGGCCAGAGGUAGCGAUGAGGUCGUUAACAGUGAGGAGAGCGUUGGCAGUGGCACUGCAGCAGCAGCAGCAGCAGCAGCAGCAGCAGCAGCGGCGGCGGCUCGGGCGUUGGUUCUAGGCGAGCUCACUCGGCAGCAGGUGGUGGACUCCAUCUGCCAGCUGGCGCGCAGGCAUUGGCUCAGGCAGAAGGCCCUGGCGCGGGAGAGGGUAGCAGGGGCGAGGAGGGGAAAGAGUGGUGUGAGUGUGAUGGGAGGAGGAGGUGGGGAUGCAAGUAAACGAGGCAGCAAGGCGGGUGAGAUUGAGGCAGAGGCGGGGGACGAGGGAGAGGGAGCUUUGGGCGGUGAGGAGAGGGGGGAGGUGGUAGAGGUGGGGGAGUGCGAAGAGCAGGUGGGGGAGGAAGGCUCGGAUGCGAAGGGUGCUGAUCUGAACGCUGGAGAGGAAAACGUUGACGAUUCCUGCGGGGAGGCAGUUGGUGAUGAGAAGGCAGGGGCCAGUGGGACUGCUUUGGAGAUCAAGAGCAGUGGGGAGGGAAGCGGGUCUAGGGGUGGGGAAGAGGCGCAGAGUGCAUCAGCAGAGGCGCAGAAUGCAUCAGCAGAGAUGCAGAGUGUACCAGCAGUGGAACAAAGUGAUAUUGGGACGGAGGUCAGCAGGCAGGGUGGUGAGAUGGAUGCGGGUACAGGCACACAGGGAAGUGAGGCCGCAGUGGUUGCUGCUGCGGCGCCAGAGGCCGACAUGGGAAGUUCGUCAGUGCCUACCGCUCUCCCCUUGCCAUCUGCCUUGCCAUCCGCCCUGUCAGUGGAACGGGCGGAUCUGGGAAGGCCUCUUCGCAUGUACCCUGCUGGCUCCUUCCCUCUAACUCAAUCUGCUUCUGCUCCUGUAGCAGGGGGAGCAGGAGAAGCAGCAGGUGUGGGAAUGAGUGGAGCAGGGGCAGCAGCUGUGUCUCCUUCACUUCUGUCGAUCAGUUUUGGGGGGAAGGUGGCAAUCGGGGCAGGUUCGUCUGUGAGGCUGUGGGAGGCGGAUGACAUUGUGCCUCGCACUGCUGCCAGUACUGGAGCUGAUCAUAAUGGUGAUACCAAUAGUGUUGCCGCUUCUGGUGCUGCUGUUGGUGGCCUAGCUGCAGUGUCGUCUGACGUGGCAACAGCAGCAGCAGUUGAGGUGGCAGCAGCGCCAACGGAGAUAGGCGAGGUGGAUGUGGGGUACCCGAUUCACACGCUCGCCUUUCACCCCACUAUUGACGCGCUGCUUGCUGUCGCGGGGGUCAACCAGGUCGAGGUCCUAGUGCUGGAUGAUGAUUGCACGCUGGUUACCCGCUCUGCUGUCAACCUGCCUGCUGCGCUCCGCACUGCAAGCAGGCACCGCCGGCAGCACAGGCAACAGCAGGUGAAGGAGCAGGAAGAGCAACAGCAGGAGCACGAGGAGGAGGAGGAGGAAGAGGAAGAGGAGGAGAGGGGCGAUGGUGAAGCAGAAGCGGAAGGGCCAGGCACAGUAGCCCCAGCAGCGGAUGUGGCUAUAAAGAGGAUGUGCUGGUUGCCCCUGGCAGGAGGCCCGUUUCUUGAGGCGCGUCUGCUAGUAGCGACCCCCUCGGCAGUUCUCGUCUUCGCAGUGGCAGUGGGGUACGACGCUCAGCUGAUCGCCACUUACCAGCUCCCAUCAAACAGACAUGCAGGGAGGGCUGAGCUUGGGGAUUCACUGCCACGCUCACUCGAGGAGGAGGAGGAGGGGAGAGUAGGGAAGUUGGGAGGGGAGUUGAGAGGGGAGUUGGGAGGGGAGGAGAUUGUGGAUGUGUGUGUGGUGCAGAGAGAGGUGGAGAGCGGUGAGGGGGAAAGAGAGGGGCAUGGGGAUGGGCAUGAGGAUGGGGAUGGGGAUGGGGAUGGGGGUGAGGGUGGCCCAAGGCUGCAGCUGACUGUUCUCACCAGCCAGGCUGUACUGUACUGUGCAACUAUAGACGACAACGAAUCUCCUCAAGAGGAGGAUGAAGAGGACGAUCAAGAAGAUGAUGACGGUGACGAUGAGUACGAUGACGUGGAGAAUGGAUUUGAUCUGUUCCUGUUCAUGCCAUGUCAGCACAUCACGUUGCGACACCUGUCCCUUGGGCCAUCAGGCUCGGCCUUUCCGUGGGCGGGCGUUCCCCCACUUGCUGCUUCUGAAGGAACCGGGAGGAGAGAAUGUGGAGAAAGAGGAGGAGGAGGAGGAGAAGGAGGAGGAGGAGGAGAAGGAGGAGGAGGAGGAGGAGGAGAAGGAGGAGGAGGAGGAGGAGGAGAAGGAGGAGAAGGAGGAGGGAAAGAUGUUAGUGAAGGAAUGGAGGGAGGUUCGGCCGAGGACGGAGGAAUCGUGGGAAGGAGGCAGGGUGGGUUUUUGUGUCCUGUGGCAACACAUGAGGCGUUCCUUGUGUCUCCUGAUGGCGUUCGGCUUUUCUUCGCCCGCCUCACCUUCUCUGGACAGGCACUCUCUUUGCUGCACGAGCUCUCUGUCAACAACCCUGGACCCUAUGCUUCUUUGCCUGGGGAAGCUGGGGGUGUACCGCCAGCAGCACCCGCAGCACCCGCAGCACCAGCAGCACCCGCAGCAGCUGCAGAGGCUGAAGAGCAGGAUCGGGCUCGGGAGCCAGCUUCGGAAGGGUUCCGAGCCUGGGAAGCAGGCGUGAUGCAAUGGAGCGUUGGGGUCGCUCCUGGGGGAAGCAGGGGCAGCAGCAGAGGCAGGCACAGGGACAGGGGCAUUAGCAGCUUCAGCAGCGGCAGCAGCAGUGGCAGCAGUAGCAGCAGCAGUCACUGUGGUAGCACCGUGGUGCUCAGUCAGGGAAGUAGCUGCCGGCUCUUGCAGGCGUGUGGCCCCUUGGAGCACCUCACCAGGGCCCUGAGGUUCUUUUCCCAUGUUGUGGACUGUAACGCUGCUGCUGGUAACCCUAUUGGUGGUUACCAUUCUGGCCGUAUUGUGGGAGUGGUGGCAUGCCGUGCUCGUAAGGAGAGGGAGGGUAGUGAGUCCGAAGAGGAGGAGGAGGAGGAUGAGUAUGAGGAGGAGGAGGAAGAGGAUGAUGAAGAGGAUAUGGAUGAGGGGGAGGAGGAGAGAGCUGAGGAAGAGAUGCCGGGUGAUAGAGAGAGUGGGAACGCCCAGGAGGUGGGUCAGGUGGGCGGGGAUAAUCGAGUUCUGCUGCUGCAGGAGGAUGGUUCGCUACUGGUGCUCGCCACUCACCCUCCCUCCUCGUACGCCUCACCCUCGCCUUCCCUCCCUGCCUUCCCUGCCCUCCAAACCUCCUCCUCCCAGGCAGCCCAAUCUGCUUCCGCCCAUCCCUCUGUCCCUCACCAUGCCCCUGCAACUGCAGCAGUAGCAGCAGCAGCAGCAGCAGCCGUUUCUGCAUCUGCACUGAGUCCAUUGGUGCCUGGCACUGGCCCUACUUCUGGCUCUGACGCUCCCGCUAGUGCCUCUGGCAGCAGCUCUAGUUCUGGGCUUUGCACAGUUUCGAGCGCUGCUACAGCUGCACAAGCAGCAGCGGGUGCUGCACUCACGUCUACUGCUACAGGCGCAUCAACCGCCGCUGCUGCUACAGCCGCCCCCACCAGUGCUGCCCCGACCCGCCGCCCUCCCCUCCCCCCACCUCUCCCCACAACCCUGCCUGUCCGCAAGCCUCUCUCCCCUGGGGAGGAACUGCGUGCCGCUGUUGACACUUUGCUAAGCGUCGUGGAUGGGGGAGGGAUUGGGACCGAGGCUCCAGGUGCAGGAGGAGCUUUAGGAACAGGCGCACCUGGUACAGGCAUAUCUGGGGCAGGUUUAUCUGCUGGGCGGCAGCUUCCCAAGCCGUUUCCACCUGUGCCCUUGGACCUGAUUGGCCGCCGCAAACCUCCCAGCUGGGCUCCUGUUUUCCCUCACGAUUUCUUUGAGCACACUGUGUGUGUUACCCCAGAGGUCCGCUUCUCAGUGCACGGCGUGAGGGGCAGCAGGAAUGGAGGAGGCGGCGGUGGCACCAGUGGUGGUGGUGGCAGUGGCAGCAGGAGUGCAGGAGGUGUGGGAAGUGGUAGUGGCAGUGGCAGUGGUGCUGGUGGGCGGAGUGCGGUGUCUUCUUCCUCGUCCUCGUCGUCUUCUGCGGCCGCUGCUGCGUCGGGGUCUGCUGCUGACGUGGCGGGGACGAGCGACAUGGACAGUGAGAGCGUGCUGCAUAAUCUCAUGGCGGAGGAUGGCUACCUGGAAGCUUCCUCCUCGAGAGGCUUCAAGAUCACCAUAGCCAACAGCAACUCCAGCCUUCUCUUUGUGGGAGUCCGCAUCCUCGUGGGGAUCUCCUCCUCCUCCCACAUCCCCUCCUCCCUCUCCCUCUUCCACCGCUCACUCCCCCUUGACCACUCCUCCCGACGCUGGUACGACCUCCCCUUCACGCCCGCCGAAUCCCUGCUGGCAGACCGCCACGUCAGCAUCCACGUGGGCCCCGCUUUCGGCGGGAAUGUGCGGGCGAGGGUGGAUGGGUUGGAGGUGUAUGGGAGGAGGAAGGAGGAGUUUGGGCGGGGGAGGGUGAAGGGGGGUGUGCUGGGAUGGUGGCGGGAGUGGAAGAGGGUUGUUGAGGAGGAGGAGAGGAGGAGGGAGAGGGAGGUGGAGGAGGGGCGGGAGAGUGAGAGAAAGGAGGGCGCGAGGAAGGAGGGGGAGAGGAGGGAUGGGGAGGGAGGGGAGAGGGGGAGGGAGAGGGAAGACGGUGGAGGAGAGGGGAGCGUGGAGGAGGGGAGAGAGGAGCGAGUGGUGGCUGAUGCCUUGGAUGUGCUAACAGGGCUGGUGCGUGUGGUUGGUGAGGGUGGGAAGGAGGCAGAGGGUGAAUCUGAGGCGUUUCAAGGGGCCACAGAGGGUAGGAGGGUGGAGGGAGAGGGUGAAGGAGAGGGUGAGGGAGUGAAAGAGUCAGAGGAGGAGGAGCAGGUUGAGGGACAGGAAGGGCAGGUGGCCGCAGGCCAGAAUGUGGGGGAUCUGGGGAAGGUGGAUCUGGGGAAGGUGCAGCUGUUGGGAGAGGGUUUGCUGAGGGAUCUUCUCCAGGAGGUGCUGAGAGGGAGCCCGGAGGAAGAGGAAUUGGGCGGACUUGUGGGAGGUGGUGCGGGCAAAGGGGGUGUGAAACAGUUGCUGCUGGGCUUGUGCGCAUCAGUGCAUCCAUCGCGGACAGAGCUCGUCCAGGCGUGUGACUCUACAGAGCUGUCCAUUGCUGCCGGAGAACAACUUCACCCGCAAGACCAUCGGACUCUCCAGAGGCGCGUGGACGCCAUGGCCCACAUUGCUCUGCUGCGCCCAUCCAGCAUGCGCCAGCUCCUCUCCACCACUGGCAUCCCCCCCCUAGAAGCCCUCCACAGCCGCCUGCUCUCACUGCUGCAGACUCCAGAUGAAAAUGCCCCAGAAGCUUCUCGGGAAUCCACAGGAGAAGGAGAGCGGAGCGAGGGGGGUGCCGCAAGUGACAAUACAGGGGGGAGGGAUGCAGAUGGUGGGGCUACAGAUGCGACAGAAACAGAAGACAGGGGUGCAGAUGGCAAGGGGAUGGGUGGAGAGGUUGCAGAUGGCAAGGGCGUGGCUGGAGAGGGUUCUGCUGCUGUGAAUGUGAAGCAAGCGCUGGUGGCUUCGUCUGUUCGACUGCUGGUUGGCGUAGCAGGCUGUCUCCUAGCUCCAGCCAAAAAUGUUGCUGCUCCUCCUGCUGCUGCUCCUCUCACUGGUGCUUCUCCCACUUCUGCUUCCCUCACUGCUUCUAUGCCAGCUGCUGAAUUUAGGGGGGUGACAAUGGAGUGGGUGGUUACCAGGUUACGAGAUCUUCUGCUGUCGUCUGAUGCUGCUGUUGCAGAGGCAUGCUGGAUGGCUCUCUGUGCUCUCUUCCUGCCGCCGCCCCCUCUCCCAUCGCCGCCACCAUUGGCGUCGUCCCUGGCUUCUGGACAGCGUGCAACAGCCAAUGCAACUGACUCAAGCAAUGCAACUGACUCAAGCAGCAAGGACAGCAGGCAUGCAGCGGCAGCCGCAGCAGCAGCAGCAGCAGCAGCAGCAGGGGAGCCAGAGCACUCAACAGGAGCAGAGGGUGCUGUCCCUCAAGCCUUUGAUGCAUCCGCCUUCAAUAUAGCCACCCUCUGGGGCGCAGGGCAGGGUGCAGCAGCUGGUGCUGAUGCUGCCUUCGGCGCAGGUGCUGCUCUUGGUGCCACCGGUGGUGCUGGUUUCGGGUCCUAUGUGGAGAGUGGGGUAGUGGAGGGGGAGGGCGCGGAUGACAUGGACAUUGAUGAAGGCAUGCAUCAAGGCAUAGGUCAGCACAUAGACCAGGACAUAGACCCGCACCUGUCGGUGGUGCAGUACUGCUGCGACUCGUGCGGGGUGUGCCCCAUACAGCACGUGCGCUGGCACUGCCUCGUGUGCGACGACUUCGACCUCUGCAACCACUGCCACCAGGCCGUCACCGCUGGUUCUGCUGGUUCUUCUGGUAAUGCAGCUGCAGCCGCUGCAGCCUCUGCUGCCGCUGGUGAUGCUGAUGCUGGUUCUGCUGGUGGUGCUGCUGCUGCUUUGUUCCCCUUCAGCUCGCACAGCCUAUCGCACCCCAUGGUUGCCAUCCCCGUAGAUCCUGCAGCAGAUGGGAUGGCGGAGGAAGGAGGCACAGAGGGAAGGGCGUUGGACACAGGGCACGGGAUGAUGGGGGAAGGAGGAGCGGAGGGGCUUAUGGGUGGAUUUGAGGAGAGUUUUCUCAGGGUGUUAGGUGGAGAUGCUUAUAGCGAGUAUGGAACAGGGUCGGGCUUUGCUGGCUCUACUGUUGCAGGUUCUGUUGGUGGUGCUGCUGCUGGUGCAGCUGCUGCUGGUACUAGUGAUGAAAACCGUGCUGCCGCUAGUGGUGCAGCGGGGUUGGGUGGGGCAGGAAGGAGUGUGGUUGGUGGGAGUGGUGUGGCUGGCCAGGGGGAGAUAACAGGAGAGACACGGAAGGACGGAGAGGAGAGGGAGAGGUGGGAGAAGGGGAGGUGGGAGGGGAUAAGGGUGCAUGUGGAGCAGGUGGGACGGGAGGUGCUGCAACAGCUGCUCUCCUCCUUACCCCCUGGCUGGUCCCUUGGGCCUCAACCCACCCCUUCCUCCUCUGCCUCCUCCUCCUCCUCUUCUCGCCCCCCCUCUCGCUCCCCUCCCAUGCCGCUGCUGCAGCUGCUCCUGCGAGUGUUUGCAGCAGGGGCAGUAGGCGGGGGGCCCAUGGCUAUUGCUGCGCCAACUGUGGGCUCGAUGUCAGAGAAGGCUCUAUUGCCUAAUAAGCGCCGUAAGUCGGUGGCGAGAAAGUUGGCAGCAGCAGCUGCUGGUGCUGCUGGUAGUCUGAGGAAACUAGCUGCCUUGGACUCGCCUGGAUGCCGGCUGAUGACGUGGACGCUGACGUGGCUGGUUGAUGAGCUGGAGCACAGCUGGCGCCAGAUCUCCGGAGAGAAAGAGGGGCGUCUGGAUGAUGGAGGCACUAGUGCUGGUGGCGUGGCUGCUUUGACCUGCUUCCUGGAAUUCCUAGUGCUGCUCUUCCGUAGCUUGCAGUAUCACCUACAGCAGCCGAAUCAUCAUCAGCAGCAGAAUCAGCAGCAGCAGCAGCAGCAGCAGCAGCCUGGGUCAGGUUUCGUGUUAUCCCUCCUCGUUCUCCAGCCCUCUGCAUGCUCUGCUGCAAGCAGGCUCCUCGCUCUCCUCCACUCCAUCUUCUCCUCCUGCCAGCCGCACCCCCCGCUCACAGGCACCCUCAGCUUGACAGAAGCUGACAUCUCUGGGACUAAGGUCUUGGGGAGAGAGUCCGGGAAGGGCGGAUAUGGAGUGGAAGGGAACGGCAGGGAUAGGUUGCUGCUGUGGGCGCUGUGCCUUGCUGCUGAGGUGGCGUCGAUAUGCCCGACACAGAAGGGAGGGGCGCCGGCGGAAGCCUCUGCUACAUCUGUACUGCUGCUGGAGUCGACUUGGCAGCCUCUGCUGUGUGCGUACCUGCAGCGAGCAGCUCUAGAGCGAGUGUUGGCCCAGCCCAGGGAGCAGCAGCGGACGAAGGAAGGGACAGUUAUAGCCCAGGUGGACAGUGGAGGGGCAGGGGCAAGUGACAGUGGGGCAGAGAAGGGAGGAGAGGACGGAGGGUUGGUGGGGACGAGAGAGAGGGAGGGGAAGUAUGUACGGCAGCUGUUGCUGCUGACUUGUGGGGGGAAGGAAAGAGAGUGUGCAAGGGUCCAGCGAGCGUGUAAGCUAUCUGCGUACAUGUCUGACCUUCGCUCCGCACUCCAUCCCCUCCUCCCUGUUCCUUCCCCCUCCAUCCACCUCCUUUCCCCCUCCUCUCCUCUCCCCCCAUCCCCCUCCUCUCCCCACCUCCCAUCCCCCAUCCCUCCCCCUCUCCCCUACGCCGUCAAGAUCCAAGCCCUCCAUCUCCUCACUGCCGCCCUCCAUGUGGCGCAAUCUCAGCCGUCCACGUGGCGGAGGUACUGCGCAGUCGAGGACACGUCAGCGCUGCGGCUGCUGGCGGCUGUAGCGGCUGCUACAUCCUCCCCGCGUUGGGCUGCCGAGGACGAGCCCCUUGCCCUGUGCGCGCUACAGCUGCUGGCUUUGGCGUUUGACCCCCAAAGCAGUGGUAAACGCAGUAGCAGCAGGAGCAGUGGUGGCGGUGGCAGUGGCCGUAGCAGUAGGAGGGCGAAGAGGAAGGUAGAGGGGUUUGGAGCGGUUGAUAUGGGUACACAGGCGGCUGCUCUGUUUGGGCUCUCUUCGCAGUCACAACAGCAGGCAGAGGGGCAGAAGGGAGGCGUGGAAGCAAGCAGCAUUGGUGGCGUGGGCAGUGGCGUGGUGCCUAGUGGUGUUUCUCAGUUCAUUGCAUCGUUCGUGCUCUCUGCUGCGUCUGCCCGGCUGCGAUCUCAGGCCUGCAUGGUCAUGCAGGGAGUGUGGCACCACGCCUCCCCCUCUCUCCGCCACUCCAUCCUCUCCUCCCUCCUCUCCAUCCUCCCCCACACGCCGUCCCUCGGCUCUCGGGCCCUCAGCUUCUCCCAACUCCUCCUCUCUCUCCUUGCUGACCUGGCGUCCAGUCAGCAACCAGCUGGCACUGCUGAGCUGGUGUCGCAAGCCGCUACCACGCUACUGGUGCAGCUGUCGCAGCAGAGUCGUGCAGUGGCCAACCACCCCAGUGCCUCUCUCAACUCCGCGUUGCAUAAGUUGCUGGGUGCAGAAGAGGAUGGGACUGGUGCUGCCGGUGCUUCUGCUGCUGUGGCGGCGGCUGCUGGUGCCGGUGGUGGUGGUGGUGGUGCUGCUGGUGCUGGCAGUGGUGGGAAGAAGGUAGUGGGGGCGUCAGUGUGGGGGUUGGCGGAUGGGGAGCCGUGCGCAGUGUGUGCGUACCCCGAGGCAGUGUGUGGGAGUGUGAGGAUGGAGAGUGUGCGGCAGGAGGUGCGCUUCUCAGACUGCCGCAUCUUCGUUCGCCUGUCGGAGCCACACCUCAUCAAGGGUUUCACCAUGGCGGUGCACGACUCAAGGAGGGGCCGCUCUGUCAAGGACCUUCGCCUGCUGGGGAGCAACAGUGCCGCCUGCGACCUGCAGCAGAUCAAGACCGCUACAGACGAGCUCUGCCGCCCGAUCGCUCGCUGCCAGCUGGCGGCCGACCAGCCCGAGAUCCGAGUGGAGCUGCCCCUCCCUGUUGCGCUGCGCUUCAUUGUGGUGGAGUUUGCGUCAUUCCAUGAGAACCAUUCCACGUCGUCGUCAUCAUCUCGAGAGUCGCUGCAGUGUCCACGGUGUAACCGUGUGGUAACCAGCCGGCACGGCAUGUGUGUGGUGUGCCAUGAGAACGCCUUCCAGUGCCGCCAGUGCCGCGCCAUCAACUACGACAACCUCGGCGCCUUCCUCUGCGCGCAGUGCGGCCACUGCAGGUAUGGCCGUUUCGAGUUCACUCUGCAGGCGCACCCUUGCCCCUCCUCCAUCGACCAGAUCCUCUCUGACGAAGCUUCCAGGAAGGUCGCUGCAGCGCUGGAGGCCGAGGCUGAGUCAGCCACCCGGCUCCGUCAGCAGCUGCAGGCGCUGCGCCGGCCAAUCGCACGCCUGGUUUCGUCCAUCCUGGAUGAUGACUCAGCUGCUGACGUGGCUGCAGCUAACUGGCUGGAUCAUGACCCGGCUCCAGCAGCAACAGCAGCAGGGUCAAGAGGGGGAGGAGCAGGCGGAGGGGCCAGGGGAGGAGCAGGAGGACUUAAUAGUAUACAAGGCAGAGAACGGGCAGUAGGGGGUCGAUCAGGGCUGGACGGCGGGGGUGGUCUGACCCUGCUGGGAGGUAGGCUUGGGGGGGGACGAGGAGCAAGAGGGGGGCCUGCAGGGGUGGGAGGAGGAGCAGGAGGCGGAGGAGGUGGGCUUCUGGAUUUCGACCUGUUUGAGGAUAUGCUUGCUGCGACUGCUGGCUCUGGUGCUGAUUCCGGUGCUGGUCUGUUCAGUUCGAGUCUAGCCAGUGCAGGGUUGGGGGCAUCAGGCGUACCAGCAGCGUCAUCAGGGACAGGGAGAGCAGCAGGAGGAACAGCAGCAGCAUCAGCAGCAGCAGCAGCAUCAGCCGCAGCGGCAGCAGCAGCAAGCGAGGAGAUUCUGCAGCAGCUGCUGGAAGCCUUCCCGCCCCUCUCUGCUGCUGGUUUGGGUAACUCUAUUGGUACCACAGGUGCUGCUCUUGGUGGUACUGGCAGUGCUGGUACUCCUGGUGGUGUGGGUGCAAGUGGUGCUGCUGGUGAUGCGACAGGUGGCCUUUCUCUCUCCUCUGCCUCUGUCGCAGCAGCAACAGCAGCAGCCGCUCAGGCGCACGUGAGCCGUCGGAUCGCGAUCUUGGGCGCGCUGUAUGCUGACAAGUGUCGCGCUGUGCACCGCAAGCUUGCCAGGUCAGCAGAGAGGAUGGGAGCGCUACAGAUGGCCCUGGCUGAAUACCACCUGCUGGUUGGGUAUCAGAGGAGAAACCGCCGCCGGCAGCAGCAGCUACAGCUGCAGCCGCAGCAGCAGCAGCAGCAGCAGCAGCAGGGGCGGCGGCGGCAGGGCUUGGGUUAUGAGCAGGAGAGCUUGGAACACAGCAGCAGCAGCAGCAGCAGUGGCGGCAGCAGCAGUGGCGGCAGCAAUGGCAGUGGUGCAGGGGUGUGUUUAGACUGUAGCAGCACUUUCGUGGGACUCUGCCUGCAGUGGCUUGAGGCACUCCUCCCCAUCCCAGCUGCCCCCUCCGCCCUCCUCUCUCUCUCUGCUAUCCCCACCCUCUUCUCCUCCUCCCUCCUCUCUGGACCCCCCUCCUCCCGCUCCCGCACCCGCCACCUCCUCUCCCGCCUCGCACUCACCUCCCCAGACGCCCUACACCACCUGCUGGAGCUGAUAGAAUCCAAGGUCUCCGCUGCUGUGGCCGGCUAUCUGCUUGCUGACGUGGCGCCAGCUGUAAAGGACCCGCUGCUGCUCCUUGCUGACCUGUCUUUCUCAUCCUCUGAGUCGACUCAAUCCACGUCCGCAUCUGGCGUGUCGUCUCCUUCGGGGAAGCUUCUCUGUCUGCAGCUGGCCACUCGCCUCUUCUUCCUUGCUCUCACCACCACCCAUGUGCACCCCUCUGUAUCGGACCAUGUGCUGCUGCCCACCCUCCGAAUAGUCACCUCCUCCUGCAAGCACGCUACUCUGGAGGCACCAAAGAGACAGGCUGGGGAGACUUCAGGGGCAGCUGUGGGGGAAGCCCAAGGGCGUGAUGGGAUAUCAGGGAAUGCAGUGAUGUUAGGAAACGCAAGUACCAGCAUCCCAGGAGAUGGGGCUUUGCCACCCACAGUUCGCAAGUUUGCCGUCCGCUGGCGCGAUCGCACGCGCGAGCGGAGCGCGGUGGACAGCAGGAUUCAGCUGCUAGUGCGAUCGUUUGGCAGCUGGUGUUUUGGCCGGACUCAAGCGCACGCCUCCUCUGCUCAGGCAGACGAUCGAAUCUCUCUCAGUGCAGAUCUCAUCGCCAGCUGUCGCUCGCCGCCCGCCCUCCGAUCCGAGAUAUGCCUUCUGCUGGAGUUGCUGGCAGGGGUGGCCCCUCGAUACAAGCACGCUGUGCUGGAGUCACUGCUCUCCCUCCUCCCUGCAACCACCCACGCAGGCGAAGCCUCAGCAGAGCUCUUCGCCCUCCUCUCCCGCCUCCUCUCCUCUCCCCCCCCACCUACUGCCGCCAGACCAACUGAAAGGCUGUCUCAAAGCGGAACCACACCCCAGAGCCUAUCUUCUCAUUUUCUUCCCUUCUCUCAUUUUCCUUCCUUUCAAGAAAGCUUCUCCUCCUCCCUCCAUUCGUCCUCUGCCACUCCCGCUGUCUCCUCAACUCGACCCUCUUCCAGCCGACCCUCGUCGAGCCAACCCUCGUUGGACGAGCCGUCCUUGCAGCACUCGGCGUUGCUCUUCCUAGCGGCACGCGGUCUCCUCCCCGCACUCACCACUUUCAUCUCCCGUGCUGUUGCCCACCUGCAAGCGCACGAGUCCCGAGCCAUGGCACCGCUACUUGCACCCUCCUCCUUCUCGCUCACUACUUUCACCUCCGCCUCUCCUCUCACUCCCUCCUCUUCUCCGUUUUCGGCCGCAUUGCCCUCGUUUGCUCUCAUUCCUGCGGGUUCGUCUGCCCCUGCCUCCAUGUCAGCACCCUAUCCCAUCCUGCAAGCUGUGCAGCUGCUGCAGCAGGCCCUGCAGCAUCCCAAGCUGCAGCACCUGUUCCUUGGACUCCCCAGCUCCGAUUCUGGUUACCACAGCAGCAGAGUCACCAGCGCCAGCGCCGCUGGCAGUGCCACCAGCAGCCGCAGCAGCAGCAGAAGCAGCAGCAGGGACGGGAGGAAAGGUGCAGCAGGGAGCAGGUGUCUGGUGCUGGCAGUGCGAGCGCUGGUGGGGCUGCAGGGGCUGGUGGUGACGAGGUCGCAGCUGGUGGUGGAGUGCCAGCAGUGCCUCACUCUCCUGCUACAGGCACUCAUGAAGGGGGCGCAGGGGGAGGGGACUGAGAGGGAGGGCGCUGAGGGGAAGGAGCCUGAGGAGGAGAGGUGUGAGGUGAACAAGAGGGCGUUUGUGGCGGCGUGUGUGGAGGUGCUUGGGGGGCUGGUGGCGAUGGAGGAGGGGGGCUUGCCGGAUGCUUCUUGCGACGCGUGGCGGGCCAUAGGCUUCACUCUGCGCCACCUGUGCAACACCAUCUGCCCCACUCGCCCUGAGCCCGAAUAUGAGAUGGUGCUCAUCAAAGCAGCCACGCAGGAGGAGUUCCUGCCAGGGCGGCUGCAGCACAACCCGUACUCCACUAAACAGGUGGGCCCUUUGAUGCGCGAUGUCAAGAACCUCAUCUGCAAGGAGCUGGAGCUGCACGGGCUGAUGGACGACGACUAUGGCAUGGAGCUGCUGGUGGCAGGGCAGAUCUGCUCCCUGGGGCUGUCUGUGCGCGCCGUGUACGAGCAAGUGUGGAGACAGAGGGGGGCGAUGAGCGUAACCUUCCGGUUGCAGGUGCGGCCUAGAUGGCGAGGCCACGGAGCCAAUAGUGAAGGAGCUGGAGGAGGGGGGGAGGAGGCAGCUGACCCUGAGAAGGAAUUCGCUGUUGCUGCUGCACUCGCGCCAGCUGUGCCAGCUGUGCCAGCUGUGCCUGCUGUGCCUGAUGGUGAUGGUGGUGACGAGGGGGGGGAUGAGGAGCCAAGUGCAGCAGGUGGACGAGGGUCAAGAGACGUGAGGAGCCGCAGUGGAGGAGGGAGAAGUCGCGCUGAGGUCAGUCCAGACGGCCUGCUGUUGCUGCUGAGGGUGCUGGAGGAAACAGCAGAUGAGGAGCUAGCAAGUGGGGAGGAGGACGUGGGUGACCUCUUGAAGCUGCUGCACACCGCGUGUCUCCUGCGGACCAAUCGCCUGCAUCUGCUGCGUGCCCACGCGCUGCCACGUCUGCUCGACCGCGCCACGCGUGCGGCUCUUUACGCGCAUGGUGUUGCCACGUCAGCCCCGGCCGGAGGCUCAGGGCCAGGCGCGACGGCAGGUGCUGCUGCUGCUUCCCAGGCCGCGCUGGCAGGUUCGGCGGAGGCCGCAGCUGAUGCCCUGCUUCGGAUUGUGGAUCUGUUGAUGGUGGAGGGUGGUGGCUUGGGGGGUGAGGCUGGGGUGGGCACAGCAGAGGAAAGAAUAAGCAUGGGAGAAGCAGGGGAUGAGAAGAACCAUGUAGCAGCGGGGCGGGGAGAAGAGGCAGUGAGGUUGUUUCUAGAGAAGCUCACUGCGGCAUCGCUCUCCCAGGCUGCUACUGGGGCGGGCUUAUCUGGGGCAGGCGUAUCCGGCUCACAAGCAUCUGCAAGAGGAGGUGUGCCAGGAGGGGCGGGAGGGGCGGGAGGAGGGGCAGGAGGGGGGGGAGGUGGGGGAGGGAGGAAGAAGAAGCGGGAUUUUUCGGAGAGUGUGGUGCGGAUACUGCCGUAUAUGACGUAUGGGGAGGGCAGAGCCAUGGAGGUGCUAGUAGACCAUUUCCGCCUCCUGCUGCUGGACUGGCGGGGGUUCGACCGGCUGGUAGGGCGGCAGAGAAGGGGGAGGCAGGAGGAGGAGGAGGGGUUGGCGCAUGAGCACGGGUCUGGAGAAGGUGGGAGGGAGGGUAGGAGGGAGGAACAAGGCGGGGAGGAAAGUGGUCGUGAGGAAGGGGAGAAGGAGGAGGGGACUGAGGAGGCGUGUGAGGAGAGGCGGAGGCAGGCGGUGCACUGGUGGCAGAUGGCGGGGCACUUCGAGCGGCUGGCCGGAGCGAUCAGGCAGGAUGGCAGUGGGUUAAAGCUGCGUGCUCUGAUCCUGGAGAGGGGCAUUCCGCAAGCUGCUGUGCGCCAUCUGCUCGCGUCCUUCCCCCCCUCCGCCCUCUCCCCCUCCUCCGACCUCUCUGACCUGCGUGCCCUGCCCUCCUGGCAACGCGCCCUCACCCUCCCGUCGCUGCCUCUCAUCCUUGGGCUGCUGCUCGGGCUGUGCCACGGCCACCCCCCAACGCAACGAGUUCUGCUGCACGCGGGUGGGGAGGAGGGCGUGCUGGGUGGAGAGGAGGGCGAGCUGGGCGGGGAAAAGGGGGUUCUGGUUGGGGAGAAGGGAGUAUUGCCACUGCUGCUGCUGCUGGAAGGGGUUGUGGGGAAUGAUGGUCUGGGAGCGAGGGCUGAAGCGCUGCUGGAAGAGGGGGAGUGGAAGGGGACGGAGCAGGGAGUCGGGGAGGUGGGGAGAGGCGGUGAGGUGGGCAUGGAUGAGGAGGUGUGGCAGGCGGUGGCUGCGCUGAGGGCCGGUGCCAAGGAGAGGAGGCGAGAGAAGGCGAUGCGGCGACGGAUGGAGCUGAUGAAGAGCAUGGGGGUCAAAUCCCAGCUGGCACCUACCGGGGCCCACCGCAUUGUGCUGACAUCAGCAAAGCCGUCAGUAUCUGGGGAAGGCGCAGCCAGUGCAGGCACCACUCCAGUAUGCGCAGACAAAGCAGAGGAGGGAGAGGAGGAGGAGGGCAAAGAGGGAGUGGAAGAGGAGGACGAGGAGUUUGGGGAGUAUGAGGAGGUGGUUGGUGAUGCCAGUGCCUCGGGUGCUGCUCCAUCCUCCAUUGCUGCUUCCCUGUCCGUCGCUCUCCCCCCGGCCAUGCGCGCCUUGCGCUGCAUGGUGUGCCACGAGGGCUACCGGCUUCGCCCCAAUGAGCUUCUUGGUGCCUACACCUUCUCCAAACGCUUCUCUGACCUCUCCACCUGGAGCUUAACGUCCACCACCAGCCGGGUGGCGGUGCAGUGGUCGCUGUCCACUGUGUCCCACUUCAACGCCAUCCACUUCUCCUGCCACGACCGGGCCAAGCGCGCCGACUCCUCCCUCAAGCCACCCAAGCGCGAGUGGGAUGGUGCCGCGUUGAGGAACGGAGGCACCCUGUGCAACGCGCUCUUCCCACUCCGUGGGCCCCAGGUCUCCCCAGCUGUGUAUGCUCGCAGUCUUGACGCCUGGUGGGAGAACGUCUCUUCUCUUGGCCACCUGGACGGCUCUCGCCUGCUCGUCCUGCUCCGAGACCUGCGCACGCUGGUGGGCCGCUUCGUGCUGGGGGCCAGCUUCAGCCUCGACUGCCACGGGGGCGGGCGCGAGAGCAACGCUCGCCUCCUUCCCUUCAUCCUCCACAUGCUGCUGCACCUCUCGUCCACCGCCUCCUCCUCGCAACGCCACUCCCUCGACGCCUCCCUCUCUGCACUGCUUGAGAUUGCUUCAAAGCUGCACUCCAGGCUCCCCCCCGCUCUUUCCUCCAUCUUCCCCCAUUCUUCAGCUUCUGACUCCCCCUCACCUUCCUCCCCCUCACAGCUGCCCCCCCUCCUCCUCUCCUCGACCUCCCUCUGCCUCCCCCUCCAGGUCUUCUCCUCUCUCCUCCUCCCCAUUACAGUCAUCUCCCCUUGCCUCCUCCCCACUACUAUCUUCCCUCCUCUCCUCCUCCCCAUCUGCCUCCAUAUCCUCCCUCUCUCCUCCUCUCCCUCGGCCUCACUCAACGCUCGCUCACUCUCAACAGUAACAGCCGCAGGGGGGGGUAUGGGUGGCAGUGUGUGCGACGCCAUGCUGGCAACCGUGCUGACAUGGCCGCUGCACAGGUGGCAGCGGUCGCGCCACCUGUUCCUGCUGCUGGCAGUGCAAGAGGCGGCACAGGCGCAUGUUGCCGGACUAGAUGGCUCGGCUCUGCUGCCGCCGUCUCUAGCCUCUGUUCCUACCACCACGACUUCUGCUGCUGCUGCUGCUGCAGGUACCAGUACAGGCACGGCUUCAGAGCCGCCACCACCACCAGCACUUCGGGCAAUGCUGCUCUUUGCAUCUUUCGUGGACCGGCUCCAUACCUUCCUAAAAGCUUCUAGCUCUACUGGAGCAGCUUCUAACAAGGAUGCCGGGGAUGGCAGCGAAUGGGAGGGCAGGGAAAAGAGGGCGGAGAGUCAGAGUAGUGAAGUGGAAAGUGUGGAGGGACAAGGGAAGGGAGCUAUGAGAGGCGGGGAAAACUCAUCUCCAGUGCAAAUGCCUGGGUCUUCUCCGACUCCCGUCCCUUCAAUGUCAAGCCGAUCGCCUGGCUCCCGCAAAUCGGGCUCUGCUUCCCGGACGACGUCUCCUUUGUUGCGGUCGAAACAGGAGAAUGCGGCGGAUCGAGCUUGGGAGGAUUUGGCGAAGCAGCGGCUGGUGGAUGUGCCGUUGAUGGCAAGGCUUAGCAUGGAGAUAAUGCUAUGGAUGGACAUUGUACACGCUUCGCCAGGACCCAGCGAUUGGGAUAUGCUCCAAAGGAUGACAGGCCCUUGGCCUGGUUCGGGCAGUGAGCCUGCAGCUGAGCUGUUCAACCAUUUUGUGUCGCUUCUGUAAGUUUUGUUCACUCUAGUUGGUCUAGAAAGCGCAUUGACCAAAUAUCUCGUGGAUAUUAUUUUAUAGAUGUUAGGUACAAGAGGAAUAUUGGUGUACUCAGGCUAGUGUUCCUUAGUGCCACCACGUAGCAAGCUUUUCAGAUCAGAUGCUAAUUCCUUCGAACC